AUGGCUAGACUUAAUGAUCCGUUAGACAGUGACGAUGAACUUCCGGAGCUUUCUACCAUACUGAGGCCUCAGACAGACGCCAUCAUUAGAAUUCUGGCCAAGACUCCGAAGCAAGAGCACCACAAGAUACCAUCCCAAACAAAAGCAACCAAGAACUUAGCAAACGAGGAUUUACUAACAGAAAGGCAUGUAAUUACUCCGAGCACCUUCACUAAAGUCUCUUCGACUGAGCCGCAGUCCAAGAAGCAACGGCCUCUAGGGCAUCUAAAGCAAGCUCACGUAAACUCCCUGCUUCUCCCUAUUUCCGACGCAAUAAUCAGUAAUGCCAGGAGCGAAGAUUAUCGGAGCAUAGAGGCAGGGGAUACCGUAUCAAAUCGAGCCAGUCCAUGGAGAUUAGCCAAGGCUACUGCGGACCAUAGCAAGCUUGCUCAAGCGUCGGCCAAUACAAGCAUACUGAAUCAUCAUCAUGACGAUUCCUCCACCGAUCUUUCUGGUUUCAUAGUGCCUGAUUCUGCUAGUGAUGGGGAAGCACUGUUACCAAGGUCGCUGAAGAUGAAGAAGAAGAAGAAGAGCCGAACCCCGAAGAAGAUUUCUACAGCAAACCCUCAAGAACCCGGCUUUCGAGAAUCUAGACGGCCUCAAUCAAACACACUGCAGCCCUCUGGAACGACUGCUUUGAUCUCACCUGAAGAGAAGAACAGUAGUGGAGUAUGCCUGGAGUCUCCACCAAGUAAUGGGCCUUUCGGAUCCGAGCUGCUUGAGGCAAAUCCAAACCAAGAUGGCCAUCUCACAUCCUCCCCUACUGAGUUCAGAUCACCACAUGAGUCCGAAGACAAACAUCAUCCAUUCACGCCUCCAUCGAGUCCAUGGAAAUCGAAAUUGAAGUCGCCCUCCAAACGGCCUUGGAUGCCACCGUCACCAUACCGGCCGAGUAUAGACGCGUUCUGGAGCCAAGAUGUUGUCAACGACUGGACCGAGCAGUACUCGCCUAGGAAAAUAGUCGAGUCUCCACAUAAGUUUCGACUUCCUUCUAUGGAUAAAGACGAAGAGUUAUCGCCUGCUGAAUGUCCCCACAAGGUUCCAAUGAAAAGCCCAGCAAAGAAAGAUAAGAAAGUUAUCGAACAACGGAAGCUGUUCGAUGAGAAAAAACAUGAGCUCGGCACCGUUUUCCUGGCCGAGCUUGAUCAGACAAUUACUAAUGGACAGAUUGCUUCAAUGGCACAACCAACCGGAGGUGUUCAUAUCAUUUGGAGUAAGAAGCUUUCAUCCACUGCGGGUAGGGCGAGUUGGAGACGGGAGGCCAUAGGCUCAAAGAAUGAUGAUGGAUAUGUAUCGAACACCACCCAUCGUCAUCACGCAUCCAUCGAGCUCGCCGAGAAAGUCAUUGACGAUGAAGGUCAAUUCAGUCCCAAUCACACCAUCAUGAAUAAAGCUGACAUCAUCCAAGACCGUCUCAUCAACGUAAUAGCACAUGAAUACUGCCACUUGGCCAACUUCAUGAUUAGUGGCGUAAAGGAUAGUCCACAUGGCAAAGAAUUCAAAGAAUGGGCACGCAAGUGCACCAACGCUUUCUCCCAUCGCGCCAUCAACGUCACAACAAAACACAGCUACACCAUUGCAUACAAGUACAUCUGGACUUGCAUGUCUCCCACAUGCGGAUUAGAGUACAAAAGACAUAGCAAGUCGAUUGACCCGUCAAAACAUUCAUGCGGCAAUUGCAAGGGAAAAUUAGUGCAGGUGCAGCCAGCGCCGAGGAAGGGGGUAGGGGCAGGUAAACGAAGUGGGUAUCAGGACUUUGUCAAACAAGAAAACGAGCGGGUACGACUCGAGAACCCGAAGGCAGGCUUCGGGGAAGUAAUGUCCAUCCUAGGUAAGGAAUUCAAGGAGCGGAAGAGGAAUGAGGCGGAGAGAGCGAGCGGUGUUAGAAAACAUAGCGCCUUGGAGAAGACUAGUUCAAGUGAGCUCGAAUGUCUGGAUUUUGUGGUCAGGAAGUUGGAUUUUCUGAAUCUAGAAACCUGA